CGUCAUUCUUCCUUCCUCCCUCCCCUCCGUAUAGACCCUCUUUCUUUUCCCCCUUCCCUUCUCUCCUAUCUUCUAGAUCUACUCUUGACAAUUAUCUCUCCUUGAAUCUAUGGAAUGAACCACCCCCCUCAUUGCGUUCAUUCCUGAUUCACUCCCAAACACGAUACACUCUAUACCACCUUCCGCACUGAUAGGACAGAUAUCUUGACGCUUGGGCGCAAGUUCCGGGCUGAUCGGAACUCACAAAACUCACAACAAGUAUGGGACACUCGCGACGUCCGGCCGGCGGGGAGAAGAAGAGGUUCGGUCGCUCCAAGGCGGCGGAUGUGGGCGACGGACGACAAGCGGGCAAGCCGCAGGUCAAGAAGGCCACCUUCGAGAGCACAAAGAAGAAGGAAAUUGGGGUAUCCGAUCUCACUCUCCUCAGUAAGAUCUCAAAUGAGGCGAUCAACGAUAACCUGAAGCUCCGCUUCGAACACGAUGAAAUCUACACUUAUAUCGGACAUGUGUUGGUGUCCGUCAACCCUUUCCGCGACUUGGGGAUUUAUACCGAUCAGGUGCUCGACUCCUACCGGAGCAAGAACCGACUCGAAGUCCCGCCCCAUGUGUUCGCCGUCGCCGAAUCCGCCUACUACAACAUGAAGUCAUACAAGGAUAACCAAUGUGUGAUUAUUUCGGGAGAGUCGGGUGCCGGAAAGACGGAGGCGGCUAAGCGCCUGAUGCAGUACAUCGCCAACGUAUCGGGGGGGACCGACUCGUCGAUCCAGCAGACGAAAGACAUGGUUUUGGCCACUAACCCGUUACUGGAAUCUUUUGGUAAUGCAAAGACUCUGCGCAACAACAACUCGUCGCGUUUCGGAAAGUACUUGGAGUUGGAAUUCAACGCCCAGGGAGAGCCCGUGGGUGCCAACAUUACGAACUACUUGCUGGAGAAAUCGAGAGUUGUGGGUCAGAUCACCAAUGAGCGAAAUUUCCACAUCUUCUACCAGUUCACCAAAGCUGCGCCGCAAAAAUACAGAGACAAUUUCGGUGUACAACAACCCCAGUCCUACGUAUACACGAGUCGCUCGAAGUGUUUCGAUGUGCCAGGGGUCGAUGAUGCGGCGGAGUUCCGGGAUACUUUGAACGCAAUGGGUGUCAUCGGUAUGAGCGAACCCGAACAAGACAACGUGUUCCGGAUGUUGGCUGCCAUUCUGUGGAUCGGAAACGUCACAUUCACCGAAGAUGAUGCAGGAAAUGCCGCCAUUACGGAUCAGUCGGUUGUCGAUUUCGUCGCAUAUCUGCUAGAGGUUGAUGCUGCCCAGGUCAACAAGGCGCUCACUAUCCGUCUGAUGGAGACUGCCCGUGGCGGCCGCAGAGGGUCGGUCUACGAGGUCCCCUUGAACACGGUACAAGCCGUGGCUGUCCGCGACGCAUUGGCCAAGGCCAUCUACUUCAACUUGUUUGACUGGAUCGUGGGACGUGUCAACUCGUCGCUGACCGCCCGAGGUGCGAUCACCAACUCGAUCGGUAUCUUGGAUAUUUAUGGGUUCGAGAUUUUCGAGAAGAACUCGUUCGAACAGCUGUGCAUCAACUACGUCAACGAAAAGCUGCAGCAGAUUUUCAUUCAGUUGACCUUGAAGGCGGAGCAGGAUGAAUAUGCGCGCGAGCAGAUUCAAUGGACUCCGAUCAAGUACUUCGACAACAAGGUCGUGUGUUCGCUGAUCGAAGACAAGCGCCCCCCCGGUGUCUUUGCUGCGCUCAACGACGCUUGCGCUACCGCACACGCCGAUUCGAGCGCGGCGGACAACACCUUUGUUGGAAGACUCAACUUCUUGGGUCAGAACCCGAACUUUGAGAGCCGCCAAGGUCAAUUUAUUGUUAAGCACUACGCGGGUGAUGUCAGCUACGCUGUGGAAGGAAUGACCGACAAGAACAAGGAUCAAUUGCUCAAGGAUCUGUUGAACCUUGUGGGUUCCAGUGGCAACCAGUUCGUCCACACAUUGUUCCCCAACCAGGUCAACCAGGACGACAAGAGACGUCCACCGACUGCAAGCGACAAGAUCAAGGCUUCUGCUAACGACCUCGUGGCAACUCUUAUGAAGGCCCAGCCGUCGUACAUCCGCACCAUCAAGCCGAACGAUAACAAGGCUCCCAGGGAGUAUAAUGUGGGCAAUGUUCUGCAUCAGAUCAAAUAUCUGGGAUUGCAGGAGAAUGUUCGGAUUCGUCGUGCAGGUUUCGCCUACCGUCAAACCUUUGACAAAUUCGUGGAGCGGUUCUACCUUUUGUCGCCCAAGACAUCGUACGCUGGGGACUACACGUGGACAGGCGAUGCCGAGUCUGGUGCUCGUCAGAUACUGAAGGAUACCAGCAUUCCCACCGAAGAGUACCAGAUGGGUAUCACCAAGGUCUUCGUCAAGACUCCGGAGACAUUGUUCGCGCUGGAGGCCAUGCGCGACCGCUACUGGCACAACAUGGCGAUCCGGAUCCAGCGCGCUUGGCGCAAUUACCUGCGCUACCGGACCGAGUGCGCUAUUCGCAUCCAGCGCUUCUGGCGUCGGAUGACCGGUGGGCUUGAGUUCAUCAAGCUGCGUGACCAGGGUCACCAGGUGCUGCAGGGCCGUAAAGAGCGUCGGAGGAUGAGUCUGCUCGGCUCGCGUCGGUUCUUGGGCGAUUACGUCGGGAUCGGCAACAAGGGUGGACCUGGGGAGAUGAUCCGUAACGGUGCAGGCAUUAGCGGAUCGGAGAAUAUUCUUUUCUCGUGUCGUGGAGAGGUUUUGGUGUCUAAGUUCGGACGGUCCAGCAAGCCUUCACCUCGCAUUCUCGUUUUGCAGACAAACCGACAUGUAUAUAUUGUAGCGCAAACGUUUGUCAACAACCAGCUCCAGAUCUCGUCGGAGACGACGGUACCAAUUGGUGCUAUCAAGUCCGUCAGCACGUCCAAUUGCCGGGAUGACUGGUUCUCUCUGGUGGUGGGCGGACAGGAGCCCGAUCCUCUGGUGAACUGCGUUUUCAAGACGGAAUUCUUCACCCAUCUCAGCAACGCGCUCCGCGGCCAGCUGAACCUGAAGAUCGCCGACCACAUCGAAUACAACAAGAAACCCGGCAAACUGGCCACCGUGAAGGUGGUCAAGGAUCCGGGAUCGUCAAACGUGGACAGCUACAAGAGUAGCACGAUCCACACCAGUGCCGGCGAGCCCGCCACUUCAGUCUCCAAGCCCACCCCCCGCCCGAAGCAGGUCGCCGCACGACCCGUCACGACAGGCAAGUUGCUGCGGCCUGGCGGACCGGGCGGUGGCCCGUCGAAGCUGGCGUCGCGACCCGCCCCGGCGCGCCAGCCCCUACCUCAGCAGCCAGCAGCAGCAGCAGCCGUGCAACCUCCCCCGCCAGCGCCUCAACCUGCCGCCCAGGCCCGCCCGGUGCCGCAGCCUGUGGCCGCCGUAGCCGCCGCGUCGCAUGCCCGCACUGCAUCAUCCGGAUCAGUACGAGCCCCCCCACCUCCUCCGCCCGCGGGGCCCCCCGCCCCGAAGAAGGCCACAGCCAAGGUCCUGUACGACUUCAACAGCGACCGGUCGAACGAGCUGUCCAUCCGCGCCGGCGAGAUCGUGCAGAUCGUGUCCAAGGAGGGCAACGGCUGGUGGCUCUGCAUGAACAUGACCACCGCCGUCCAAGGCUGGACCCCAGAAGCCUACCUCGAAGAACAAGUCGUCGCCGCCGCUCCGACGCCCAAACCCGCGCCCCCGCCCCCUCCCCCUGCCUCCGCACGCGCCAGCCCCAUCCCCGCGACCAACGGCGCGGGCGCGGGCGCCGCCGUGGCCGCCAAAGCCAAAGCCAAGCCCGCACCCCCCGCGCCGCCGAUGAAACGGCCCAACAUGGCCGGCCGCAAGAUGGCGCCGGCCCCGCCCCCGGCCCCCCGCGAUAGCGCGGUGAGCAUGAACUCGGCGCACGACUCGUCCGGGGGCAGCGGCCGGGCGACGCCGAAUAGCGCGUCCAACGCCAGUCUGGCGGGUGGGUUGGCGGAGGCGCUGAAAGCGAGGCAGAAUGCGAUGCAGGGGCAUCAUCAGGACGAUGAUGAUGAUUGGUAGGUCGUUUUGUCUCGGUUGGUGUGGUCACGAUGAGUAGGAGAUGCUGGUUGAAGAGAAGGGGCUCGUGGGGGAAAGUGUUGGUUUGUUGGUUGGUUGGUUGGUUUCUUUUAUACCCGGAUAGCUGGGAGAAGUUCAAU